ACAAACAGUGACCUCCUGUCUCUAUCACAAGAACGACACGCGCCAAACCCAGCUUACCAAGGGUUUCAAGAUCAGCAGUUACAGCGGCGGUCUUGUAUUAAAAACCUGAGGGAUGGUCUGGCGGACUGGUUUGUAAUCAGACAUACGAGGGAUGAAGCGUUGUCAAGCGAUUUGCUUUCUAAAUACUGUUUUAAGGCUGCGGAUGCAACACAGGUAGGAGCUAGUCUUACACAACUGAAAAAUAACACUGAAAUCAAGAGGGCUGAAUUUCCUGCAAGGAGGCCCAAUGAAAGCCAGGAGAAUGAGAAAAGCGCCAUUUUUCUCUUUGAGGCUUCUCGCGUCCCCUGUGAAUUGUACAAAACGGGUCAUGGUACUUUAUUCUCGUUGUCUAAGUUCUUUUGCCAGUUCUAGUAUAUACUCUAGGCGUUCAGUUCAGUGCAGUGUGGCGCGAAUUAGUGAGAGAGAGAGAAAAAUAGGAAGAAAGACCUCCCCCAACCCCAGGUUAGCACUGGCCCCAAAAACUCCCCUUUAGGCAAAGUUAAAGGGUGAUAAAGUUUAUUCAGUCAAUUUUUGGAAUUGACAAUUUUUUCUUAAAUUGUUCGAAAUGUUCUUGUUCUUUUCUUGCAGAAUACUAAUUCACAGUUCAUAGGAUUGAGCUCUUCAAAGUUAGUGAAAUACAGAUGAUACACUUAAUAGCAUGGUCCACUAGAGAAGACGGAUUAUUCUAAAUAUGUCACCUUGUUUAGAACGCAUGGAAUUUUUAUCCAUCAUUCUCAAAUAAUACUUGAAAAAACGAAUAUCAUUUUCGUGAAGUGAAGAAAAGAAAAUCCAGUUUCUCUAGCAAUGAACUGGAUUCAAGUUGUAACAGAACGGUCUUACGAUGAUUCUGUGAACUCGUUAGUUUUUUGCAAUACCCAUCAAACACACACGCCAGUUCGUUAAAUUUUUGUGAUAAAUGAGUUAACGCCAAAAGGUCACAACGUUUCAACCUCCUCUAAGUAAACAGUUAAAAAAUGCCUUGAACUCUAAGAUGUGAUCGAAUAUGUCAACGAUAAGUGAUAAAGGGUUUAACAUUUUAUAAAAUUUUAGAGGUAAGACACUUACUCUGACUAAUUACUUGCUCGGUUAGGGUAGAAGGUCAUCUUCUAGUGGAAACAAAGGUGGGAAUUAGGUGCUGGCGCGCGGUACAGAAUUUUUGUGUGCCUAAAAACCAAUAAUUAGUUAAUAAUUAUCACCUUUUUAGCUUUCACUCUUAAUAGCGACGUAUUCAAUAUUCAUACUCCUAGCUUAUUUUUCCCCCAAAUCGAGCCGGAAACGGAAAUGAGGUCAACAUGUUUAGCACCCCCAAAAACCUAGGAGAAGUAACAAUCUUCUGGUUGGGGGAUGGGAAACGAGUUUUGGUUCGAGAAUACGAGACUCUGCCUUAUUGCAAAUCUUGACUACUAUCUUACAAAAAUUUGAUUUCUGUUUCAGAUUCAUCUGCUCAUUUUGUAG